AUGGCUUGUGUUGAUGAAGAACAAAAGCCAAAUUUUAAGCAUUAUUGUAGAGUUUGCAAGAAGGGUUUUAUAUGUGGGAGAGCUCUAGGUGGACAUAUGAGAGCUCAUGGGAUUGGAGAUGAAAGAGCAAAUAAGGUGGAUGAUGAUGAUGACGAUGAUGAUGAUGAUGAAGCUAGUGAUUGGGAAGAAAAUCAUGGAGGAAGUGAUUAUAAUAAGAGGAUGUACCAAUUAAGAGCAAACCCUAAUAGGUUAAAGAGCACUAGGGUAUGUGAGAAUUGUGGAAAAGAAUUCUUGUCAUGGAAAUAUUUUCUUGAACAUGGUAAAUAUUGUUGCUCUGAUGAUGCUGAUGAUCACUCCUUGGUAUUAUCACCUUGUUCUGAUGGUGAGGAAUAUAAUAUUGGUGAAAGAAAAGGUUAUGGUUGGUCUAAAAGGAAAAGGUCCUUGAGGACUAAAGUUGGAACUUUUACUUCAUCUUAUAAUAAUAAUAAUAAUACUUAUUCAGGUGUGCAAGAAGAUCUUCUUCUUGCAAAAUGGCUUAUAGAUUUAGCUAAUGCAAGGGUGGACCCAUUAACCAUCGAGCCAGAAGAGUCGUGCGCCUCCGCUAGUAAGGACGAGGAGAGGCGGAACCCUAUAAUGACCUACCUCAUUACUCCCAGCCUCGUGAAUCGAAACAAAGAUCUCGAACAUCGUAGAAAAAGUGACUUUUUCAUAUUACCUAGUUUGGACAAGGCUAAAGGAGCUCCCAAAGGAUUGUUUGAAUGUAAAGCAUGUAAGAAAGUAUUCAAUUCUCACCAAGCCCUAGGUGGACAUAGGGCAAGUCAUAAAAAGGUUAAAGGACGUUAUGCAGCCAAACAAGAUCAAUUAGAUGAUACACAUGAUCAAGAUAAUUGCUUUAAAGGUUCAAAAUCAUCAUCUUAUAAUUACCAAUUUGAACAAGAGUCCUCAUUAACAGGAGCUUCAAGGAGAAAAUCAAAAGUUCAUGAAUGUUCCAUAUGCCAUAGAGUUUUUUCAACAGGACAAGCUUUAGGUGGCCACAAAAGGUGCCACUGGAUCACUUCCAACUCUCAAGAUUCAUCUAUCUUCACACCAAAAUUUCAUUUUCACAAUCCCCUUGAGCAAAUUAAUGAAAGAUCAACCUUGGAGAAACAAGAUCCGUUGGAUCUUAACAUUCCACCAGGUGAUCAAAACAUGUCAAGAAUAAGACAAGAACCUUGGAAUAAUAUAAUUAAUCCAUUUGAGGUCUCCACAGAUAUACACUUGCAUCCAUGGAGUAGUACAAAUAAAAAUGAGGAUGAAAACUUCAAGAAUAACACUAACAACAACAAUAACAAUAACAAUAAUAAUAACAGUACUGCCAAAGACAACAAGGUCCGUCAAGAUAAUGCAACACAAAUCAAUGUAGAAGAUGAUGAUGAAGCAGACAGUGAGUUGAAGUUAGCAAAACUAAGUGACCUAAAUGAUAUCAAUACUAGUUCUGGUAAUCCUUCACAAUGGUUACAAGUUGGUAUUGGUCCAACAAAUAAGGUUGAGGCUGACUCAUAA